AUGCAUCACCUCCCGUCUGUAAGCGGCAGAGCUAAGGGACUCAAGUCUGAGGUUGGCGGAGAUAUCAGUGAGAAGACCACGGGGUCAAGUCACUCCCACAGCAAGUGUUUGGAACUUAGGCUGCCGGGGGAGGCGGCGCAGCGCAGCCGCCUGGAGGAGAAGUUCUUGGAAGAGAAUAUCUUGCUGCUGCGGAAGCAGUUGAAUUGUUUGAGGAGAAGAGAUGCUGGUUUGUUGAAUCAGUUGCAGGAACUAGACAAGCAAAUAAGUGACCUGAGACUGGAUGUAGAAAAGACCUCCGAGGAGCACCUGGAGACAGACAGUCGGCCCAGCUCCGGGUUUUAUGAGCUGAGUGAUGGAGCGUCAGGAUCCCUUUCCAAUUCCUCUAACUCGGUCUUCAGUGAGUGUUUAUCCAGUUGUCACUCCAGCACCUGCUUUUGCAGCCCCUUGGAGGCAACCUUGACUAUCUCAGAUGGUUGCCCCAAAUCUGCAGAUCUCAUAGGACGGUUGGAAUAUAAAGAAGGCUGCUGUGAAGACCAGCCCUCAGGGGCAGUUUGCCAUUCCUCCUCCACAUCACAAUUUAAUUCCCUUGGUGUCAUUGCAGAUGUGCAUCCCAAGUACCAGUGUGAUCUGGUGUCUAAAAACGGGAGUGACGUGUAUCGCUAUCCCAGUCCACUUCACGCCGUGGCCGUGCAGAGCCCCAUGUUUCUCCUUUGCCUGACGGGUAACCCUCUGAGGGAAGAGGAGAGGCUUGGUAAUCAUGCCGGUGACAUUUGCGAUGGAUCUGAGCCGGACGCCAUCAAGACAGACACUUCCUUACCGUCUCCAAGCAGUUUGUGGUCUGCUCCCCAUCCUUCGUCCAGUAAGAAGAUGGAUGGCUACAUUCUGAGCCUGGUCCAGAAAAAAACACACCCCGUAAGGACCAAUAAACCAAGAACCAGUGUGAACGCUGACCCCACGAAGGGGCUUCUGAGGAAUGGGAGCGUUUGUGUCAGAGUGGCCGGGGGCGUCUCACAGGGCAACAGCGGGAACCUUAAGAAUCCUAAACAGGUGCUUUUGCCCCCUGGCGGAAUGCUCGCUUUGGACAGUGGGACUUUCUCCCCACCGAAGCAGUGGUCGAAAGAAUCAAAGGCGGAACAACUGGAAAGCAAGAGGUUGUCCCCGCCGGAGGGCGCUGCCACUGAACUUCCGAGUAAGCAUCUGCCCAAGAACGCCAAGCCAGCUUCGCAGGAGCCCGCCCGGGGUCCCGCCGCUGGGACGGGGGAGUGUCCCGGAGACGGCGUUCAGGUCCUCGCCGCCCCUCGGAAGGAGAGCCCGGGGAGGGGGCCGGCCCCGCCGCAGGAGAACAAAGCCGGGCCGCCACUGAAAAAGCUGUCGCAGAAAAGCGGCCUGCCGCCUGCCCCUCCGGCAGCGCCCCCUGCCGCCCCCGCCGCGCUGCUGGCCGCGGCCUUCGCGGGGGAAGAGCGGCCCGCGCUGGGGCGCGAGCACGUGGGGCUGUACCCCGCCGCCAUGCCGCUGCCCUACGCCAGCCCCUACGCCUACGUGGCCAGCGACUCGGAGUACUCGGCCGAGUGCGAGUCGCUCUUCCACUCCACCGUGCUGGACACCAGCGAGGACGAGCGCAGCAACUACACCACCAACUGCUUCGGGGACAGCGAGUCCAGCGUGAGCGAGGGGGAGUUCGCGGGCGACAGCACGAGCUCCAGUGACUCAGACGAGAGCGGGGGCCUGAUCUGGUCCCAGUUUGUGCAGACGCUCCCCAUCCAGGCGGUCGCAGGCCCAGACCUCCACAGCAACCCCACGAAAACCUUCGUCAAAAUCAAGGCUUCCCAUAACCUCAAGAAGAAAAUCCUGCGCUUUCGGUCCGGCUCCCUGAAACUGAUGACGACCGUGUGAGGACCGCCAGUGGUGGGGAGAAGGGGCUGCUCUUGUCUGGUUACCGACGACAAAACGUGGCGGCUUCUGUUUUCUGUGUGACAGUUUCAUGGACCGCUUUUCCUUUUGUUGAGGUAAAUUAUGUCUCGUCUUCAUCAUGUAGGGACACUAGUGCCUUUAACGGAAGGUAAAGAAUGUUUUGCUGGUGGUGAUAGUGAACGAGUUUUGUGGUAUCAGGUGAUUUUUAUUUGAAAUACUCUGAGCAUCUGUGAAGGCGCAGGUUUCGAUGUUCAAGUCUUACUGGGAUGAGAUUCAGAUUACGUUUGACCUCAAGGGCAGGUGGACGGAAUUUAGGACAUACAUGUGCUUCUUGGUUCUUUAGGGCAGUGUCUCCACGAGAGUGUUCCGGGUGAGAGGCAUCACGUACAGUUGUGUGAAGUAGGUACUACGGACAGUCACGGUUUUCUGGAGUUUUUUAGAACAUCGCCCGUUCUUAGCUGUAUCCCCAUUCUGUUUUCUUCCCAGAACUGUUUGUUUUACUGGACUCAGCUUGAAGACCAGACCCUAGAUCCAGAGCUGGUGACCUGGAUAAGGGAGGCUGGUAAUAACCUUAAAAGGAUUCACUAAAACGUUUGCCACCCUUGGUGCCUAGGCCCUGGUUACAGGAACCCUUUUAGGGCUGAUCAGCCAACAAAGUUUUGAUGCCUUUCUCCUCCUCUCUGAUUUGCAGCAGAUCCAGCAUUUCUUCCUGUAAAGUCUUGCCUUUGGGAUAACAUUUUGGUCCUUGGGUACAGAGAAAUUCACUUGUAGUGAAAUAACCUUUGAGUGUGACUCCAAGCCCAGAAUUGCUCAGUGAGCACUGUGCCACCUAAGCCUUGGCCCAAACAUAUUAGUGCAAUCCAGUCCAGAUUGGACCACUGACCCUGUCUGGAAGGGCUUUUUUUAAAAAGAAAAAUUUUUUUUGGUAAACAGUAUUGUGUAAAAUUGUUUUUUAUACCAAUAUAUGCAUGUUUUGUGCAUGAAUAGUAUUUGUUUUUCAUAUUUCUAUUGAUGUUAAAUUACUGUUUGAUAUAAACAGUAUGUGUUUUUAUAUAUCAUUGUGUAAAUUUAAUAUAACGCAUUAUAUGCUGUAAUAAACAAUUUGUUUUACUGCUGUUAAGUUUGUCAUUUGGGUCUAAAACCAGUUACACGUCUAAAUCUUGUGCUGAUGAUUUUGGGAUUUCUAUUUCUAUUCUAGCAUUAGAAUAUUUGCAGUAAUCAAAGCAGGUUUUGGGUGUAGUCUUUGAAUGAAUAGUGAGUAAACAAAUGAGGAAAAGCAAACCACUUCUUUGAAAUAGUUAAGGUAGGGGCCCUAGGGUGGCUUAAUCAACUGACUUUUGAUAUCGGCUCAGGGUGUGAUCUCCUGGUCCGGAGAUCAAGCACAGUGGGCUCUGAGCUGAGCUGUGGAGCCUGCUUGGGAUUCUCUCUCUCUGCCUCUGACCUCUCAUCU